UUUCACGCUUUGGCUGCCAGAGCUUGUACAGAAAGGUAACAAAUUUCUACAUACAAGGACAGUCCCAGAAAAGCGGAUAUACCUGACGGGCUGGUCACGAUGUAUGAUUCCUCGGACGAUGACGACCGUCCCGAAAUUCCCAGGCUCCAAGGAGAAGAGAAUUUUGAGAUGUGGGAAUGUCUUGCCAUAGAUACCCUCAGGAUGCUUGGCCUUGAGGGGUUUAUAAGGGGUACAGAGACACCUCCCCUUGGUAACACACCCAAAGCUAUAAACGCGCUCAGGGGCUUCAAGAACAGAAGAUGGAACGCAUGGAACCUCCUCAAUCAGAGUGUCCUGGUUGCGAAAUUCCAGGGGCUUAUUUACAUCGACGGGUACGGCCCAUACGAUCAGCUGGAUGACUGCGAUCCAAAAUUCCUAUGGGAUGGGGUGCAAAGCUGGUAUAACAACAUCAGCGCAGACAGAAAACUCGACUUCCUAAGAGAGCUCACUUCCAUCCACUAUCGCCAAUUCGAUGACAUCGUUACGUUUCUGGAUAGAGCUCAAUGGCUUCGACGGCGUCUUGAGCGUGCCGGCAUGCCAAUAGCGGAUGAGAUGAUGAAAACGUGUCUGUACGGAGGUGUGUUUCCGUCCUACCACAGCAAUACCUUGGAAACUCGAAUAAUCGAGCGGUACAACGAUUUGAAUUCCCAAGAAAUGAUUUCGGGUAUCAGAGAGUUCAGCGACGUCAUCCAAAGAGACUUGAACUAUCACCAACAGGAGCAACAAGAAAUCAAUAGGCGGCGCAAUUUCAAUGGACUCUCCUCCAGGCAUGGCGGCGGUUCAAGACAAGGCGGUCGUCGCUAUUGAGGGGCAUCUCAUGAUCUCUCUGGAUCGUGUCCCCUGGGGGU